AACUUUCAGACGGAUAUAAUGUUCUUAACUCAACAGCAAGAGUAAAUUUUCAAAUUUCUGUUCAUCCCUUGGAUCUCCGAAUUAAAGUCACAAAAUCCACCAAACCCCAAAAACCGGAAUUAGUCGAAUUACUAAUCGUAUUCGUUGGAAAUUCUGAGUGUCUACAAAAACCGGUUUUUAUCCUAUACCUGUCCUGCCUCAAUACUGCCUGGAAACUCAGGCCUGAAGUCGUGUCAGGCCGAAAUCUUCCCAGUUUUGCAUGAAACUCGUGGAGAAUACGUUUCUCGAGAAAUCGAGAAACUACAUUUCGUCGUUGGCUAAAAAACGCUCAACGAAAGAAACGAAAGAAACGAUGAAUCCUGCCGAAGCUCUAAAACGGUCUGCUACGGAGGAGGGGUUAAAAAACGUGAACAGUCUUUUAAUGUCUUUAGUUGGAACUCCCCGUGGCGCCCUAUGUGUAAAGAACAAUCCAAUUACAGAAGAUUACAGGAUCAGCAGUACAGUACUCGGCCUGGGUAUAAACGGGAAAGUAGUUGAAUGUUUCAGUCUCCAAGGAGAUAAAUGUGCACUGAAGGUUUUGAAGGAUAAUACAAAAAGUCGGAGAGAGAUAGAUUUGCAUUGGAGGGCAGGAGGGUGUAAACACAUCGUUAAUAUCAGGGAUGUCUACGAGAAUACCUACAACGGAGUCAAGUGCUUACUGGUAGUUAUGGAGUGUAUGGAGGGAGGAGAAUUAUUUACAAGAAUCCAAGACAGAACUGCUUUCAACGAGAGAGAAGCUGCUGAGAUUGUGAAGGAUAUCUGUGUUGCUGUAAAGUUUCUUCAUGAUUUAAAUAUAGCGCACAGAGAUCUUAAACCAGAGAACCUAUUAUACACAACAAAAGACCGGCAAGGUGUCCUCAAAUUGACUGAUUUUGGUUUUGCCAAAGAAACGUUUACCCGGGAUACUCUACAGACACCCUGCUAUACUCCUUACUAUGUUGCCCCUGAAGUUCUGGGACCCGAGAAAUAUGAUAAAUCCUGUGAUAUCUGGUCUCUGGGGGUUAUUAUGUACAUUCUAUUAUGUGGGUUCCCACCAUUCUACUCAAACCAUGGGCUACCUAUAUCUCCGGGUAUGAAGAAAAGAAUUAGGUCUGGUCAGUAUGAGUUCCCUAACCCUGAGUGGAAGGAUGUAUCUAAUGACGCGAAGGAUCUGAUCAAGGGAUGUCUGAAAACCAACCCAGAGGAGAGAUUAACCAUUGAUAUGGUAAUCAAGAACAAAUGGAUCUCGCAAUACAACGUGGUCCCCCAGACCCCUCUGCUGACCAGCGAUGUGUUGAAGGAGGAAAACGAGCAGUGGCCAGAUGUCCAGCAAGGGAUGUCCCUCGCUCUCAGAGAGAUGAGAGUUGAUCAGGAUCAACCCUUCACUGUGAAGAACCCACGUCUUGAGUCUAACUCAGCCCUGGUUAAGAAAAGGCAGGCGAAGGCGGGAGGUCCGCCCACCAUCCAGGAACAGAUAACACAGGAGGGAGAAUCCUGAGAGGAAGAGGCGGGGCUAGACCCGCCCUUAAACAAGAAAUCCAGGAGCUAUUCCCCAGAACCCUCUGCAGAAUAGAGAUUUAUUUGAUUUUGUUUAAAAGCAAGACGACAUUCUGAUUUAGCGUUGGCAUUCCCGCCAUUUUCUAGCUCAGAUAUGCGCCAUCUUGAUAUUAUUUUUACUCAUUUCCUUCGAGCAUUUAUAUGAACUACAUAGUAACGAUUCCCUCCCUUCUCAAUAGUACGCAAAAUAUAGCUCAGAACUUGCAUGAUCCUUACGUCUUAUUGUACAAAUAUUUAAUGACUUCAAUAUGUUUUAUUGUGAUUGAAAACCCUCAAGUUUAAAUCAAACUACAAAUCUCUUGUUGUACGUAACGGCAAAAACAUUGUUUAAAGAUUAUCAUAAACUGACCAAAAAUGUG